CAUGGAGGAUCAACCAGACAGUCUCAAUUUUAGCAAUAUAAAGCCAUCACCGAGUAAAACACAACAUAAACCGUUUUCAGGACUGCUAAGAGAAGUUUAUAAAUCGUAUUUGACGGAUAAAGAUGAACUUUCAAAAACUGUCUUGGCUCUCAGAAAACAACUCGAAGAAUCUAAGAAUAGAAUAGCAGGGUUGGAAAAAGAGAGAGACUCAAUACUCGCAAAGGGAAAAAAGUAUUCAGAAAAGUGUGAUAAACUCCAUAAUGACACUGAAAAAUUUAAAAAUGAAAUCGAGAUAUUAAGAGAACAAUUGAAAGGUGGUUGUCCCAAGUGCCAAAUUCUAGAAGACCAAGUUAAAGAGAUAAAGAAAACGAAAGAAGUUUACGAAAAGCUACUUGUUUCUCAAAAGAAACUUGAGUCAAUACCAUCAGCUAUGGUUGAAAAUACAAUGCCAGAUUCUUAUGGAACGGUAUGCGUGAAUGAUACACCAGAUCCUCAAGCUACACCGACCAGAAAAUUUGUUGCGCCUACACCCUUGAGAAGAUCACCAAGGCGAAGGUUGCAGCGAAUAGCUGAAGAAACUCCCACUCCUUCCGGUAGUCGAAGCGCUAAAAGAGGAGCCAUCAGUGAAGACGAAAUAAUUCCUAUGUCGCCUGAACAGGUUCUUUCAAAGCCUAAAAGGAAACGGAUUAACUCAACGCUUUCAGAUAGAGUAACGGAAGAGAAAAAAAAAGAGAAAAAAAAUGAAGCUGAAAAACUCGACAACAUAAGCAUAAUUGAAAAUACUGAGGAUCAUUAUAGCGAAGUUAUCAUUACUAGCAGCAAAGGAAAAAAUGAACAAAGAGUAAAUCAAUUAAAAGUUAUAGAAACCUCUGUAGAUCAUAUUGUUCCAACCUCUAAUGAAAAAAAUCAGAAGAGCACCAGUACAACUCAAGAUUCUAUCUCAGUGACAACAAAUAGUACUAUUGAAGAUGAACCUAAGAGGAUGGGAACAGAAGAAAUAUUUCUAGCUUCUGAUACUGAAGAUAAUGAUAUGGACAAAGUUAAUGGUAUUCGAGAAAAAUUUGAGGCAACCUAUCAUGAAGAAAAAGGAGAUAGCCAAGAUAUAGAUAUUAUUAAUGAAUCGAAGCACACAAUAAAUGAUGAUUCAGUAUUUCAGAAAGGAAAUUUAGACUCUUCCUUUCCAAUUAAUAAAAUAAGGGGUAUUAAUAAAAAAAUGUAUCAUUCAAGACGAGGUACGAAGAAGCAAGCAACGUCAUUAUCUAAUAUAUCUCAAUCAAGUAAAUAUAAUACAAGAACCCGUUCACAAAAAUCAAGCCCCGAAAAAAGCGCAGGUAAUACGAAACGAAAAAGAAAUGUGUCGAGAUCAAACAUUUCGCAAAUCUCAAGAGCAAAAGAAAACAACUCGAGUAUUAGCAGUUCAAUAUCUAGUACAAGAAAAUCAACCAGGCGGACAAAAGUUCAUAAUGAAGACGAGGAAUUACAAGAAGCCCUACGAUUAUCAAAAAUGGAAUACGAAAAUUCUUGUUCUAAUAAUACUAUAGAUUCUGAAGAAACAAUAGUAGAAAGCUUUUUGGGUUCGACCAUACCAUCUUCCAAUAUGACAACGGAUAGCAGCUUAUUACCUUUGGAAAGAGAAGUUAUAGAAAAAUUGAAACCUAAGAAGCCAGAGUUCGCUCAAGUUGAGGUUGCAAGGAAGAAAAAAGACCGAAAAAACAUGGAUGCAUCACCUUGCUUUCAAUGUGAAGCCUAUUUUGCCGAUUUGGAUCCUCUUGAAAGAGCUGAAAAACUAAAACUAUGCAGACAUAAAGCCAAUUUUCGCAAACCGUCAACACCCGAAACAUAUUGGAACGUUGGAUUCCCGAAUACUGAACAUUGUGUUGAAAAAGGCUAUAUGAAUACAACUCAAACAAAACCAUCAAAAUUCAGAAGGAAAAAGGCUUUCAAACAGUUAUUUGAGAGAAAAGAAGGCAAUGAAGAUUAUACAGAAGAGAGAGAUGAAGAAGAAGAGGAGAAUGUUCAUUAA